AAUUCAUUUCCUUAUGUCUUGUACACUAUCGUAUAAUUCUCCUAUAACAUUUACAGUACUUCGUACAGGUAUAUUGAUCAAGUUUUACUUAUAUCUGGAAGGUGCCAAGUGAGGGAUUAGGAUAAGACUAUUGGAUUCCAAAAAGAGGUUUAAACAAUUGAUCAGCCUAUAUUUGUCAGGAAAGUCUGUCUGCUAUAUGACUUUACCAGUAAUUAGUUUUUUUCCAGACAGCACAUGUGUAUGAAAAUUUCUGAGAUCUGAAAGCAUGGACUAAGGUUUUUAUUUGUGACAGGAUGCAAGGGGUUAAUAUUAGAAGAAAUGGGGAUUCCCCUCCCCCAGGCACCGUCCAGGAGCUUGAGGACUAUUUGGAUGGGCUGACCCUCAAUCUGACCGAGGACAAUUUGGAGGACAUCAUGACCUUAUCCCAAUCAAUGUCCACAGAGGACCACCUCAAAAACGUGGCCAAGCGCCUUUACGACAAGAGUUUGAGAGACCAAGAAUUUGCUAAAUAUGGAGCGUGCAUUUGUGACAGACUUUCUAAUGUUGAAGUGCAAGGAUCAAAGUUCAGAAAUGUGAUACUUAAAUUUGUUCAGGAAGAUUUCAAAGCAAAAGACGAGACCAGACGCUCGGACAACAAGCGGUACCUGGGCUUUGUCUCCUUCCUGUGUCAAGUGUUCGGCAAUGUUCGACUUGCGACGGGCGAUACUAUGAAGCCGUUAGUGGUCCCAGUCUAUGAUUGCCUGGAGCAGAUCUUAAACGACCAAUCGUCAAAUGAAGACGAAUACGAAUGUUUCUCUAUACAGCUGCAGUCUAUUGGAAAAGACCUUGAACUUCAGGAUCAGCCACGCAUGUCGUUAAUGCUCGAUCAAGUGCGAACUCGUAUCAUAAAAGAUGGUUUGACGGCUCGUGGUCGCUGCACCUUACUGGAACUUCUAGAAUGUGGGUCGCGGGGGUGGAAACCGCUGUCCAACGACUUGACCCGAUUUUACUGCGACACCAUGGUGGAAAUAUUUGCAACGAGCAUCGAAUGAAAUUUGGUUUUAUACCAUUCCGGGUUUACAGUUACUGAACCAGAAAGAAGUAGUAGCACAUCUACUGGGGUCAAAGAGAGGUCAUUUCAUGUUGACCUGAACUUGACCUUUUUGGGGUCACUGAACCAUGACAUGUUACAAAUUGUAAAAAAAAUGUUGGAUCACCAGCGAUGUGUUCUGUUUUAAUGGAGAAAACAAAUAAAACCAAUUAAGGAACUAAUUAUGCUAUAAUUGUCACAACUAGUCUAUGUCUGUCCUUUUUGACAUAAUUUGAUGAAAUGGUUGGAUUCAGUUUAAGUGUGGACCAGUUUAUGUGAUAGUUAAUGAAUAGAGUGAAAAACAGUGGAUAUAUAUGUCGUAUGGUUAAAAUAUUGUCUAAAAACAACCAGCGUAACUUGACAUGAAGCAGAGGCAUACAGUUUCUUUGAAUUACUGUUAAAGCUUUUAGGUAUCUUAGAGCUUAUAUAGAAUAGAGCAUGCAUUAUAUACAUGUAAAUUGUUUGUCAGAACUACUGGUCUACUUACUCUCCAGCAAAAUGAAUGCACGCAUAAGGGUAGGAAAAAACCCCAACUUUGUGUACUAGUUUAAUAAAUAGCUUGAGAACUAUUGUGCUCACCCUUUUGAAAUGGUAGAUGUAUUAUAAUCAUAAGGAAUUAUAUUUAAUAUGUACCUUAAAUCUCGGGCCAAGCCAUACAGACUCUCUAAUGUACAGUACAAUGUUAUUCUUGCAGCCAUUUUUGCAGUGAAUUAAAGAUGCGAGUCAAUUCAACACAGACCACUAUGUACCAAAUACAGAAAUUUUUGUUUUAAUGAAGAUUAAUUUUUAUCAAAGGAUGGACUGCUUACAUGGACUGCUUAGAGUGCCAUAUAUGCAUUUUGUAAUUUUUAGACUUUCAGGGUAUGAUUGUAUAAAAUAUUUUGUUGAAGUAAAUUUAUUAUAAAAGACCAUGAUUACACAGUUUGCCAUAUAUAUUUGAUGAAUUUCUUGGGAUCACUUAGCUUGAGCUUGCCAUUGUGAGAGGAAAUGCUAUAAUAAAAUUGUUUACUUUAUAGCACAAUGUUAUAGAGUAGAAAAUACAAGAGAUUUUCAAACUCUCCCAACGGAGAAACUAUCAUCAAAUUUAUAAUGCGUAUUCAUCUUUUGAAAUUUAAUAACCUUCAAUUCAUGAGAUAAAUCUUUCAUGUGAGAGUGAAGAAAAUGGGUUUUUAACAAAAUUUUAAGGGGGUGGAGUUAUAUUCUUUAACCUGAGUACAUUGACUGUUAAUAAUCCAAAAAUAAACUUUCAGAUCCUCCACAUGAUAUUGGUAUUGGAUGUAAUAUUUUUAGGCAAAAUUUACAGCAUUUUAUCAAAGCAUGUCUAGACAAAUAUUAACCAGUCAUAUUUGUGCACUGCAUGGCUAUAUAUGGAUUUAUAUUAUGUAAUUAUCCUUAUACCGUAGAUUCCUUAUUUUACACGAGUACACUUAAUUCCACGAUUGAACCGUUUUGCAUCGAAAAGCGAGAAUACAGAGUUAGGAACACCAAAUUUUUAUCAUAGUUUCAUUUAAUUUACAUACGUUUGAAAAUAAAUGAGAGAUUAUAUAUUCCGUGAAAUUUGCCUCUCACGAUUUUACGCAGAUUUAAAUUUCGCGUUUUAUUGGGAAUCUACAGUUACUGUAUAUUUAUUUGUCUCCCAGAACCACAAAACCAUAGUAAAUUAUUCAGUCAUGUACACAUAUCAAGGACAGUAUUUUGCUUGCUUGAUUACCUCAAUUUUAUUUGUAAUUAUUUUAUUUUUUGAGCCUGUGAACAAGUCAUGGGAAAGAACUGCAGAACUGCAUGCAUAAGCGUGGCCUUUCAUGAAAGAUUUCUCUGGAUAUAGCGACUGUAUUAUAUUAUGUUUAUAUAAGCAACAUGUAGUGUUUAAGUGUUUUUGAUUGUAUAUUUUAACAUUUAUUUUUUUUUUUACAAAGAGACACACUUGUUAGCUAAAACCUGAUGUUGGACUUUAUUUUUAACCAAUCUUGCAUAUAUACCGGUAGCGGAUAUUGUGAGCCUUAAAUUCGGAGAAAAAAAUUCUUUUCUAUAUAAAAUGUGUAAGGGGAGAAAUGUUGUUUCCUCAUCAACAUUUUUAAAAAUGUUUUACAAAAGAAAAAAAAAUAAUGAAGCAAACUAGUCAUUGUCUGUUAUCAGGGACCUAUAGUGUGUAUUCUUGCAAUGUGUACAGAAG